AUGUCAGUACUUUCAGAGAGACUUUGGGGUGAACCUGUUAAUCUCCGUGAACAACAUGAUGCUUUAGAGUUUUUUAAUUCUUUGGUGGACAGUUUGGAUGAAGCAUUAAAAGCUUUAGGCCAUCCUGCUAUACUAAGUGAAGUCCUGGGAGGCUCCUUUGCUGAUCAGAAGAUUUGCCAAGGCUGCCCACAUAGAUACGAGUGUGAAGAAUCUUUUACGACUUUGAAUGUAGACAUCAGGAAUCACCAAAAUCUUCUGGAUUCUUUGGAGCAGUAUAUCAAAGGAGAUUUAUUAGAAGGUGCAAAUGCAUAUUGUUGUGAAAAAUGUGAUAAAAAGGUUGACACAGUAAAGCGCUUGCUAAUUAAAAAAUUACCUGCUGUGCUUGCUAUCCAACUGAAAAGAUUUGACUAUGAUUGGGAAAAACAAUGCGCAAUCAAAUUCAAUGAUUAUUUUGAAUUUCCACGUGAGCUAGACAUGGAACCUUACACAGUUGCAGGUGUUGCAAAACUAGAAGGAGAUAAUAUGAGUCCAGAGAGUCAGUUGAUUAAACAGAAUGAGCAGUUUGAAAAUCAGACAGUAAGAAGCACAAAAUACAGACUGGUGGGUGUGCUGGUACACAGUGGUCAAGCAAGUGGUGGACAUUAUUAUUCAUACAUCAUUCAAAGAAAUAAUAAAGACAUGCAGAAAGAACACUGGUAUAAAUUUGAUGAUGGAGAUGUAACGGAAUGCAAAAUGGAUGAUGAUGAAGAAAUGAAAAGUCAGUGUUUUGGUGGAGAAUACAUGGGAGAAGCACCUGAUCAUAUGAUGAAAUGUAUGUCAUAUAGGAGACAGAAAAGAUGGUGGAAUGCAUAUAUACUUUUUUAUGAAAGAAUGGACACAAUAGGUGAAGAUACAGAGAUGAUAAGAUAUAUAUCACAUCUGACUAUUACAAGACCCCAUCAGAUAAUUAUGUCGCCAGCUAUUGAGAGGAAUGUACGGAAGCAAAAUGUGCAGUUCAUGCAUAAUCAAAUGCAAUAUAGUUUAGAGUAUUUUCAGUUUGUGAAAAAGCUGCUUACAUGUAACAGUGUUUACUUAAAUCCUGGUCCAGGACAAGAUCACCUGUUACCUGAAGCAGAAGAAAUCACUAUGAUUAGCAUUCAGCUUGCCGCUAGAUUCCUGUUUACCACUGGAUUUCACACCAAGAAGAUUGUCCGAGGACCUGCCAGUGACUGGUGUAAUGUCCUGUGCAUUCUCCUCCGUCACAGCAAGAAUGUACGUUUUUGGUUUGUGCAUAACAUACUUUUCAGUGUGUCAAAUCGUUUCUCUGAAUAUCUUUUGGAGUGCCCUAGUGCAGAAGUCAGGAGCACGUUUGCAAAGCUUAUAGUAUUUAUUGCACAUUUUUCCUUGCAAGAUGGUUAUUGUCCUUCGACCUUUGCAUCUCCAGGACCUUGUAGUCAGGAAUGUUGUAACUUGAGUUUGAGUGAUCAUUUACUAAGAGCAGUACUAAAUCUCCUAAGAAGGGAAGUUUCAGAAAAUGGACAUCAUUUACAGCAGUAUUUCAAUUUGUUUGUGAUGUAUGCCAAUCUAGGCCUGGCAGAAAAGACACAGCUUUUGAAGUUGAGUGUACCUGCUACUUUUAUGCUUGUUUCUUUAGAUGAAGGGCCAGGUCCUCCAAUCAAGUAUCAGUAUGCUGAAUUAGGCAAGUUAUAUUCAGUGGUGUCUCAGUUAAUCCGUUGCUGCAGUGUUUCAUCAAGAAUGCAAUCUUGAAUCAACGGUAAUCCUCCUCUUCCUAAUCCUUUUGGCGACGCUAAUUUAUCACAACCCAUAAUGCCAAUUCAGCAAAAUGUGGCAGACAUUUUAUUUGUGAGAACGAGUUAUGUAAAGAAAAUUAUUGAAGACUGUAGUAAUUCUGAGGAGACCAUCAAAUUACUUUGUUUUUGCUGCUGGGAGAAUCCUCAGUUCUCAUCUACUGUCCUCAGUGAACUUCUCUGGCAGGUUACAUAUUCAUAUACAUGUGAGCUUUGGCCCUGUUUGGAUCUACUUCUGCAAAUUUUACUGAUUGAAGAUUCCUGGCAGACUCACAGGUAG